CUGGUCUUCAUUGUCUCUUUGGGGCCUCCAGCGCUUAAUUCGGUGCUUGGCUCUGUCUGUUCCUGCUACCCAAUCCAUCUGCCGGCAAUUAUGAAACUUCUCAUCCUGGUCACCUUCUGUCUCUGCGCCCUCUGCACCUACGUAGUGGAAGGUGUCGGGAGUGAGGUGAUGACAAAACAGAUUUGUGUGAGUCUGACAAACCAGCCCAUAAAAAUCAACGCACUGAAGAAAUACACCAUCCAAGAAGGACCUAUGAAAGCAGUGAUCUUCUUCACCAGGCGUGGGAUUAAAUUUUGCGCCAACCCGGAAGCCUCCUGGGUGAAAAAAGCCAUAAAGACCAUGGACCGAAGAGCCACCACCAAGAGAAUGGUCAGCUUAAGUCAAGAGAAGAAAACCAGCACCGAGCCAUCUACAAAUAAGGCCUCCCCUACAGCCACUUCCUUCUAUUAUUAACAGCUGCUUGGAACUCGUGCUACCGACUGGAAGAAACUGAAACUCUAGUAUUUGUUUUGAUUCUUCGGGACAGAUGUGGGAAAAAGGGUUUCUUGGUUUUCACUUUCACGUCUUUCAAGUUCUCGCUGAACCUUAUAUGAAUAAAUAUUUAUUGGCAUGCA